UGCUGCCCGGCAGAGGAGCUCAAGUGUCAGUUCUGGAAAGACAGCAACAGGGAGAGAGAGACGGACCCUGCAUUUCCUGGCAGCCCUGCCUUCUCUGUAUCAGCUGCAGCCAUGUCCAGAAACCUACUGAAGAAUCCCAGUGGGGAAGAGAUGCUGGAGUUCUGGGAGCUGACAGAGAACGGCGGGAGCCAAUGGCAGGUGGAGUACAUGCCGGGCGACUGCGGCUAUGACUUCUGCAACGAUGAAGUGAACAAAUACUUCACCACUUCCUUUGAGCUGUGUCUGAAGAGGCAGGUGAUUGACUUGUUAGCGGAGGGCUACACUCCUGAGCAGCUGGACGGGCAGCCCAACGUCACUGUGGAGGACUGGUACUCUGGGAGGUCAGACUGCGGCUGCACAUACCAGAUUACUGUGUGUCUGCUGGACGAGAACAAGGAGGUGCUGCAGGAGUUUAAACCGGACGCUGUGACCCUUGACCCUGAAUGUGACAACUGCUCCUGGCAACAGGUGACCCACACGUUCUCCGACUACGGUCCUGGGCUGCGAUACAUAUCCUUUGAACAUGGAGGACAAGACACCAAGUACUGGGAUGGAUGGUUUGGCGUUCGAGUCACCGGGAGCUCUGUUACUAUAGACGUCUGAACAGGAGGGGAACGAGGGAAGAGUGAAGACCUGAGUGAAGGAAGGAAGGAAUGCUGAGAGGAGACGGUGGAGGAUAGGGGGUACAGAGGCUCCAGAGUGACAAAGUAGGCUUUACUUGCAGUGUUUGAGUGUCUGGAGAGGGUUUAAGAAGACCAGCCUUGCCUUAUGCAUUGAGCUUACAUCACUGCAUGCAUAUGGCAGUGCAUGCUGUGGAAAUCGAGCUGCUGCUGUGAAACUAUGCACUAAUUCCAAAUCGGUAGAAUCACAUGCUUCGUCUCUGUAAAAACGACACCGCAGAGCACCGCGAUCGUGGCACCUUGGCUUCACUAAUGUCCUAUUUGAAAUGACUGCUUGCAAUACGAUUAAAUCAACUAACUACUACCUCUGCACAUUGACUUAUCCUGGUGUUAUAAAAAACUGUUUUGUUUGGGUGGUUUGGGUGGGUGAGGGGGGAGGGGGGGGUCAUCCUAUUGUAAGCAAACAAGACGUUCAUCAUUAAAAUGAGAAUUACAAAGACCAAAUAAAUUAACUCAUCAAAUGAUCAAUCAACUCACAGCCUGUUUCAUGAAGUUGAGUUCUCUGUGAGCGAAUUAAUCACUUAACCAGUUUAAUGUGAUAACACUAACUUUCACGGUGAGUAAACACAACCUGAACUCAUUUAGGUGAACCGAACUCAGACGAGUAUCACAUGGUUGGAGACGAGUGGCCGUGGCUAUAACUAUAACUAACUCUUACUGCUGAAUUAUUAAAGUUGAUGUUAUUGGUUCUUUCAUGGUAAGUUGAUUUUAAAAAGACAGCUGCUGCUAGUUUUAAAUGUCUUCCUAUUGAUGCAUUUGGAUAUUAUGAAUUGUUACACCCUGACUGUCAAUCCAAUGAGAAAAAAAAAUAAAUUAUCAGUUAUAUUCAUAGUUACAGUUGUAAGACCCCAUGGUGAGAUCUCUAAUAAUAGUUGAAUCCUCAAAGCAGAUGUAUUUAUUUCAUUCCCAUCAUUCUGCCAAGUGAAGUAAAUAUCUAGGCUCUGGGUUGAACAUUUUGAACUUGCCCUGAUGAAGGCCUCAAUGGCUGACA